GCCGGAACGAUCCUACCCUCCGCGUAUAUGCGCCCUAGGUGUAUAUCCAAUAUAUUUUAUAUACCUCUUCACACCUGAGCUAGGUUAGAAGUAUAUACCAUACUCUUCAAUAAAAAUACACUUAUUAUUAUAUCAUAUUCUCAUCGCCUACACGCAUACCUACCUCACUAGACACAAUGAGCCUCCUACAACAGAAAUACACAUCCCUCCUCACCCACCUCACCCCCUCCAACCUCAAUGUCACGCUUCACAAACAUCAACAACCCAUCCUCCUAGCCACCGGCGUAACAAUCCUCACCACCCCCUUCCUAGCCUACUCCUGGUCCUGCUACCAACAAUGGCGGGCCCUAGGACGCGGCGGCGUCCCCUACAAUUUCGCAGGGUGGCUCGUACAAACAAGCUUCCACCUAUUCGCGCGUUCCGACGUGCGAGAACCUAUACCCAAAUCCUACACCAGUAUCUCUGAUAUCGGUGCCAUCUACGGCAACGCAGGAGGCAAAUCCUAUCUCCCAACCGCUGGUUUAGAAAAAAGAAAAGGCCCACGCCCCACCGUCCCAUCCUUCGUCGCGCCCCAACGCCAGACUAGCGACACACCAAAACCCCCGGAUGCAACAGUAUCCAAACUGCAGAAUUUCCUAGAAGAACUCGCUAAACUAAAUCCUCAUAUCUUCGAGAUCAAAACGAGUCGGUUGGAAGGUCCAUUACAUCAAGCAAUAUGGCUAACCCCCUCCCCCCCCAACCAAGACGAGAGAAAAGUCCGUCUGGGCUGGGGCUCGGGCGGGGAAUUCGCACAUGUGCACGGCGAGGCGAGUUCGCAUCUCAUACUCAGCCCCGCGGACGCGGCGACUGCUAUUGAGGCUGGAUGGGUGGAACGGCAUCGGUUGAGCGGUGUUGGUGGGGCGAGGGCGAUGGUGCCUUGGGGUUAUGUUUUGGUGUAUGCGCCGCGGAACGGCGAGGAGGCGGGGGUUUGGAGGGAGUUGAUUAUUGCGGGUGCGCGGUAUGUUGCUGAGGGGUUGGGUGUUGAGGUUGUUGUUCCUGAGUAGAUGAGGGUAGGUGGUUCGGAGUUCGGAGUAAAGGGAGUGGAGAGAUGUAUGUGUCUGUUUACUUCGCCGGGGAUAAUGUCGUCGUGUAAGUGGCGUAUUUUGGCCUCGGUCCGAAUAAUUUGGUUCGUUGAGAUUGCUCGGCCACGGUGCAUGUGUGGGAAUAGAGGGGACGGAGGUGAAAUGAUAGGGUUUCAGGCUAUCUGGACCGUAACUUCGCGGUAUUAUUAAUAGCGGCGAUGGCGGUAGUGUUCAGGGGAGUGUGCUGUCGACUCAUUGCUAUAGGAUUGGGUGUAUAAAGGCGUCUAAAUAUCAUCGUUUCGCUGUUUCUCGCAUUAAAAGAAGGUUGAAUGGGGAUGAGGAUGAAUUUUGUCACUUGAGAGUGGCCACGAAAGAGGCAUAUGCAUGUACGUUACAACUAUACUCUCAU